GUUCCGAGAAGAAAUCCAGCUCAGUCGUCUUGUUGAGUAGUUCUCAGAGCGAGACCAGCUGAGGUCAGAGAGGUGAGCAAGCGGAGACUUCCGGAGUGAAGGUGCAAUUGCAAAGGUGGCAAGGGACAGACGGUGUCGCCGAAGAGUCACGGGAAUGAGUACCAGCUCGAAGCCAGAGGGACUGUCCCACAAUGGAAACUCAAACUCCGGAAGCUCUUCUUGAAUCGACAUGGCAGCUGUGCAAUGUCUUCGGAGACUUGCAAUAAUGAUGGAGCCGACAAAUCUGUCACCAGGCUCCAGGGAAACAGUUUGGAAGUCUAAUGGUUAGUUCCACGACCUGCCUUGCUCCUUGCUCGUCAUCGGCUUUUGAAAGCUCGUCUUGGUUUUUUCAUGCGGGCUUCUCGCUGUCUGUGUCUGGCGGUGAUGAUGCAUAACUGGACGGGAAUGUCCAUGAAUUGAAGAAAGUUUUCAUUUGGUGUAGAGCAGAAGAGGCAGUCGAAGACAGGUUACGCCUUUGUGAGGCGAUGCCAUCCAAGUUAACGCGAUUCGAGAAAACGCCGAGUCCGCUUGGAGACUGUUCAUGGCAAAAGCUCCAGCGACACCCCAGAGCUUCAGGCUCUGGCCAUGCCCCGUCUCUCGAAGUUAGCACCAGCUGCUGGGUGAGUUGUCUUGGUUGAAGAAUGUUAGCAGCCCGUCGGUGUAGAGAUAUGACUUGGCCUGGGCGCUUUGUGUGAAGCUCCCAAAGCAGAUUAGUCAGGGGUCUACGAGGUACCUGUGUUAGUCAGCGGUGUCAAGCUCCACUGAUUGGGUGACUGACACGGUGCCUGUGGCUCCUGCACUGACAGUGCGUCACGGUUCCGGUUUCACGACGGAGAUCAAAAUCACCCCAGAUUUCGAUUCUGAUGCUGCGAAGUGCAAUUCAAUUCAAUUCAGUCCAGUCCAGUCCAGUUCAGUUUGUUUGUCCCCGGAUCCGUUUGUGUUGCAGGCGUCCGCCCUUCCUUUCAGUCGUGUUUGUCACCGCCAUUCAUUUCGCACUCCAAGUCAUUCCUUCACUGAGUUCUCGUUCCGUGACCGUUUGUUUUCCUUCCCUCCCGAGGACGCAUGUACAAAAUACAGUAGCCUCCUUCCCAACUGUACCACCGUUCGACUGCCUCCUUUCUAUUUACAGAAAUACCCACCGUCAACAUGCGAUUCCAGACCAUCUUCACUAUUGCUCUCGCGGCAGCGCCUGUCGCAGUAUCGGCUGGAGGAAUCUUGGGGUUCGCCGUGGGAAACACCAACCCUGAUGGGACUUGCAAGACGCAGGACGACUUCAAGGCCGAUUUUGAUGCGAUCCAAGGAAAUUCCCGAGCGCAGGUUGUUCGGACCUACUCGUCCUCCGACCAGUACGGCAACCCAUGCAAUACACCGUCCGAGAUCUUGGCUGCCGCCAAAGAGACAAAGAUAAAGGUCUUGCUAGGCAUGUGGCCUGAUGCAGGCGCAUACGAAAAGGAAAAGGCAGCCAUCGACAAGGCCAAUCCCACUUCGUUCGGAGACACUCUGUUCGGCAUCACCGUGGGCUCCGAGGGCAUAUACCGCGGUACUUACAACGUCGAGGAGCUCUUGGGUUGGAUCCAACAGAUGAAGCAGGCCUAUCCUAAAGCUGCCAUCGGGACCGCGGAUAGCUGGAACUCUUGGGCCAACGGGACCAUGGACUCCAUAAUCACUGGCGGCGUCGACUUGAUUCUCGCCAACGGGUUCGCUUACUGGCAGUACCAACCACUUUCGAAUGCCACCAAGACAUACUUUGACGACAUGGCCCAAGCACUCAGCCACGUCCAGCACCUGACUGGCGGUCUGGACAAAAUCCACUUCAUGAAUGGAGAAACAGGUUGGCCUGGCACCGGCGGUACGGACGCAGGCGCCGCAAAGGCCGGCGACCAAAACAUGAAGACGUACUGGAAAUCCGCGGUCUGCGGUCUCCUCGACUGGGGCAUCGAUCUCUUCUGGUUCGAAGCAUUCGACGAGCCCAACAAGGCCGACGCCAUCGGCGACAAUGGCCAAAAGGCCAGUGAAAAGUAUUGGGGCGCUUUCACCUCGGGCCGAGCGCCAAAAUUCGAUAUGUCCUGCUAGGUUGAACAGACUAUCACAUCCGUGGCUUGAUGGCGGCCACAAAGCGGACGCCACUAAGGCUCCUUUUUAACUGAAAAGCAUUUCUUCAUGGGACAACGUCACUUCCUUGUCGUCGUUCUCCCCGGCACGGCGUUACGGAAUGGGAGUGCAAGCGGGAGUCUAGGAGUCUGAAUCGCUCCCUGCAUACAUUACGUACUGGGUUGAACUGUUGAACUUAAGGGGUUGUAGCUGGGCCGGAUCUGAUAGACCGCAUCAUAGUGCUCACAUUGAAAUAAGAAAUGCGAGUCCGAUGGUUCACAUCAAAAGCUUCAAGUUGCUCCCUCCCUUAGGAUUGGUAGAUACCAGUACCAGUAUUGGUACCGAGAACUUUUUGAAGAUCCGA